AUGUUUAUGACACGCUCAGAAUACGAUCGAGGAGUCAACACCUUCUCGCCCGAGGGUCGUCUCUUCCAGGUCGAAUACGCCAUCGAGGCAAUCAAGCUUGGCUCAACAGCUGUCGGCAUCAAGACAGGGGAGGGAUUGAUCCUGGCGGUUGAAAAGAGAGUGACCUCGUCUUUGUUGGAACCAAGCUCGAUCGAAAAGAUCUUUGAGAUUGACGGUCAUAUUGGAUGUGCCAUGUCUGGAUUGACGGCUGACUCGAGAACCAUCGUCGACCAUGCACGCAUCGAAGCACAGAACCAUGCCUUUACAUACAAUGAGAGCAUCAAGGUCGAGAGUGUGACACAGGCAGUAUGCGACCUUGCCCUGAGGUUCGGAGAGAGUGCGCGAGGAGAGGAGUCCAUUAUGAGUCGUCCAUUUGGAGUUUCCCUGCUGAUCGCUGGCAUUGACGAGACUGGGCCUCAGUUGUUCCACACGGAUCCAUCAGGAACGUUUGUGUCAUAUGGAGCAAAGGCGAUCGGAUCUGGAUCAGAGGGCGCAGAGACAGAGCUGCAGGAGGAAUACCACACAUCCAUGACCUUGGUCGAGGCGGAGACCUUGGCGCUUAAGGUUCUGAAGCAGGUUAUGGAGGAGAAGCUGAACUCGACCAACGUUCAAUUGGCCUCUGUAACCAAGGAGGGAGGCUUCAGCAUCUACUCGGCUGAGAAGCUGCAGCAAGUUGUAGAUCGCCUUUAG